UCCGAGCCCAUGAGGCCCAAAUAAACUCAAGAUCCCGAUGAUAACGAGAGUCCCACAUCGACAAGUUUGAAGGUUGAGAAACGAUGGAGAAGGCGAAGGAGAUGCUGAGGGUGACGCAAGAAGAAUCAGACGCCGUGUCGCGGCUCUGCUCCGGUCCUCCCCUCCGAACCGGCGAUAACUCGUCUUUCUACGAACACUUCGCCCUCGCCGGAAUCCGAGUCGACCGAGUCCAACCCGGUCUCGUCUCGUGCUCCUUCAAAGUUCCCUCUCGCCUCGCGGACAGGAGUGGGAAGUUGGCGAAUGGAGCAAUUGCGAAUCUGGUGGACGAGGUAGGUGGUGCCCUAAUCCAUGAAGAGGGUCUCCCCAUGAAUGUUUCUGUCGACAUGUCUAUCUCUUUUCUCUCUUCUGCCAACGUUGCUGAUGAACUAGAAAUUACUUCUAGGUUGUUAGGAAGGAAAGGAGGUUAUUCGGGAACAAUUGUUCUCAUUAAAAACAAAGCAACUGGAGAAUUGAUAGCUGAAGGUCGUCAUUCACUAUUUGGCAGACAUAACAGCAAAAUGUAAUUCAAUAGAUAGAUGUGUAUGAAAUAUAUGUAAAUAAAUGAAGGUUUUGUUUCGGAAACUGGCAUGUGCAUUGAAAAAUGAUAAUAAAUUAACAAAAUCCCCCCCCCCCCCGCUCCCUUUUAACGUUGUUGUCUUUCAUCAUUGUGUGGCAAACAUUUGUUAUGUGUAUAUCGUGGGUCUUGCAAUUGUGGUGACACGGACAAGUAAAGUAUUGAGUAUUUUCGUGCAUCAUGUCAUAUAUUCAUCGGUGUACAAAAGAUGACCUUGAAUAGGCUCUUCCAAUAAGAUGUAUUUUUUUUAAAA